AUGUCUCGGAAAGUUUUAGUAGCUAUCCCCGACUGGAAGGUAAUCGGUUGUACAAGUAUAGUUAAGAAUUGUCCGUUGGAAAUUGCGGAUUUGGUCUUGACAGUGGAUUUGAUUGUUUUUCACAUGAUGAAAUUCGAUCCAAUCUUAGGAAUGGACUGGUUGUCUAGGCAUUACGCCCAGAUAAAUUGUCAGAGGCGGGAGGUAGUGUUCAAUCUACCUGCAUGUGAAAGGAUUUUUAAUAUGGGUGAGGCUGUUCGGCUUGAUCUGUUUAAGGUAACAGCCGAACAAGUCAGGAAGAGUUUGGUAAAUAGGGACAAUGUCUAUCUAGUAAUGAUAAGGGACGUAACAGUAGGACCUAAAGGAAUCAAAGGAAUCACUACGAUUGAGGAUUUUCUUAAGGUUUUCAUUGAUGAACUACUUGGAUUACCUCCGGAUCGAGAGACGAAAUUUGUAGUUGAGCUUGAACCAGCCAUAGCCCUAGUGCAUAAGGCACCCUAUCGGAUUGCUCCAACAGAAUUAAAAGAGCUUAAAAUGCAUAUUGAAGAGCUCCUAGCAAAGGGUUUUAUUCGGCCUAGCUCAUAG